AUGAAAACAUCAGUUUGGGAAUUAAUGACUGGAAAGAAAAAAAAUCCAACUCAAGCUGAAGAAAUCAAAGAAGCCUCUAAAAAUGAAAACGAUAUUGAUAAAGAUCUCGAUCAAUCUACACUUUCAUUUAAAUAUAUUCAACCCGUCGAUGAGAAGUUAAAACUUCUGGACAAAUUCAUACCUGAUCAAGAAUGGCUCAAGAAAUUCUCUAUGUGGUUCUCAUAUAUGAGAAUUUACAUAUCAGUAUUAAGUAAAACUACAGAAGAAACAAAUAUUGAUAAAUUAAUUCAAAGAAUAGAAAAUGGAGAACCACCCCAGAUUAGUGAAAUUUCUGGAUGCGAUGACAUUUGCGAUCUUUUUGCUUAUUUCUCCAAAUAUGAAAUAGAUUACACUAAAAAUGAUUUAAUUUGGAUAUUUACAGCUUGCAUAUAUGAAACUCGUUUAGCUCCUGAUGAUUCUGUAAAAUCAAUGCAAAUUAUUCUCGAAAAAAUUAUUCAGCAAGUUAAUGCUCUUAAUUCGAAAGAGGAUGUUCUAUAUUCAGAUCUUAUGAUUCUUUACUGUAUAAUUACUACAUUUUUCCAUCAACAUUAG